AUGGCUGACAGCGGAGAUGCCGUGAACAGUUCGUCGUCAGGAAAAUCGGUCAGAAACACAGUUAUCGAUGGACCUGUCACCGAUCCAGCCUCAAAUACUAAGAGCCUAGAGGCAUCAAAUAAUGCCUUUCAAGCCGCGAGAAAAAAAUUAGAUUCCAAGUCUGGCGCGUUGAAGAAGUCCAGCCGCUAUCGUAGCCGCUCUUUAUCAGCGAGCAGCACAGACAGUUACAGUUCUGCAUCUUAUACAGGAAGCUCGUCGGACGAGGACGAUGUCUCGCCACGUGAGAAAAUCCAAAAAACGGAGAAGGGUUUCACGGAUUUUUGCGUGCGCAACAUCAAUCAACACGCAUUCGGUCGUAGAGAGAUAGAAAUAGCCGAGCAGGAAAUGCCUGGUAUCAUGGCGCUUCGUAAACGUGCAGCUGAAGAUAAGCCGCUGAAGAAUGCCAAAAUUGUGGGAUGUACUCAUAUCAAUGCUCAAACCGCUGUCCUCAUCGAGACAUUAGUACAUUUGGGAGCACAAGUUAGAUGGGCAGCGUGUAAUAUUUAUUCCACGCAGAAUGAAGUGGCUGCCGCGCUUGCACACGCCGGUUAUCCGAUUUUUGCCUGGCGCGGUGAAACUGAAGAAGAUUUUUGGUGGUGCAUUGAUAAAUGCGUGGCAGCAGAAAACUGGCAACCCAAUAUGAUAUUGGAUGAUGGCGGUGACGCGACGCAUUUGAUGCUCAAAAAAUAUAACGCCAUGUUCAAGAUGAUUCAAGGAAUUGUCGAAGAAAGUGUAACAGGUGUACAUAGAUUAUACCAAUUGUCCAAAGCAGGCAAAUUAUCCGUCCCUGCCAUGAACGUAAACGAUAGCGUGACAAAGACCAAGUUCGACAAUCUUUACAGCUGCCGCGAAAGUAUUAUCGAUAGUUUGAAAAGAUCCACAGACAUCAUGUUCGGUGGUAAACAAGUUGUAAUCUGUGGCUAUGGCGAGGUUGGUAAGGGCUGUUGCCAGGCUCUCAAGGGUUUAGGAUGUAUCGUUUACAUAACUGAAAUUGAUCCCAUCUGUGCUUUGCAAGCUAGCAUGGAUGGAUUUAGAGUAAUGAAGCUGAAUGAAGUUAUCAGAAACGUAGACAUUGUUAUCACAGCAACAGGCAAUAAAAACGUAGUUACGCGUGAACAUAUGGACAAGAUGAAGAACGGAUGCGUAGUAUGCAAUAUGGGUCACAGCAAUACCGAGAUAGAUAUUAACAGUUUACGCACGCCCGAUUUAACUUGGGAAAAAGUAAGGUCUCAAGUGGAUCAUGUUAUCUGGCCAGAUGGAAAGCGCAUCGUGUUAUUAGCAGAAGGCCGUUUAGUCAACUUGUCUUGUUCCAGUAUUCCCUCAUUUGUUGUAUCAAUUACAGCUGCUACACAAGCGUUAGCGCUUAUUGAACUAUUUAACGCACCUGCGGGACGAUAUAAAAGCGAUGUUUAUCUACUACCUAAAAAGAUGGACGAAUACGUGGCAUCCUUACAUUUACCAACGUUUGAUGCACAUUUAACGGAACUAUCGGACGAGCAGGCCAAAUACAUGGGACUUAAUAAGGCUGGACCUUUUAAACCUAACUAUUACCGCUAUUAAAAUACGGUCAAGAGACACGGCACA